AUGUCGUUCGCGGGCGAUGCUGCCUAUGCGCAGCUCAUCGCAGUGCUGGAGAAAUCUGACCAGCCCGAUACGCAGACACAGAAGGAUGUCGCGGAUUUCAUCACACACUUCGAGUCAUCGCAGCGCUACAGCGCGCUCUACUUCCUAGAGGCGGCGCUGACAGCGCCGUCGCUGCACGUUCGCCAAAUGGCGGCGCUGUGCCUCAAGAGGGCAAUCAACGUGCGUUGGGCAGACAUGGAGCCAGACGUGAAAAGCCACCUGAAGAACGGGCUUGUGCGAGGUAUCCAAAUUGACGACUCCGAUGUAAGGACAGUAUUCGGCUCCGCAUUUGUGGCGCUUUUUGCCGUGGAGGGCUUCGAAAACUGGUCGGAGGCCCCAGCCCUGCUGUUGAAGCUCGCUAGCGAAUCCCCCAACCGCAUUGUUAGAGACACUGCGGCGGGGACGUUGCUGAUGCUGAUUGAAGACAUGACUGCCAACGAAAACAUGCGCGAAAAUGCGUACUAUGAUGCCGCUGGAAAUGAGCGGCUAACUGUAUUUGUCACCAAGGAAUUGCUUCCGCGAGUCUUGGAACUAGGUACAAAGAUGCCAGAGGCUUUAGUCUUCACCUGCAGGCUGCUUUACACAUUGAUGGACCACAGAAACCUGUCCACACCGCUAUUUGAAGAGUAUUUCUCAACGUUCUGGGGGCUAUUGGGAUCUGUGGCACAUAGCCGCGACCCCUCGGUGCGCAAAUGCGUCAUUAAGGGCAUGAUUGAAACAUGGGACCGCCAACCUAUGACAAUACUGGACUCUAGCACAGCUGUUUUUUCCUUCCUCACAGAGUGCAGUGAAGAUGUGAGUGACAACACGGUGCAGAUUGAGGCACUCGGUUUCUGGGCUCACAUUCUCAAAAACAGGGCGGAGGAGCCCGUGCGGACACACCUGCAUAACGCCCUGCGCGCUGUGCUACCGAGACUCAUCCCCGUGCUCAUAGAGCACACUAAAUAUACGUCCUGGGACUACAUGUCAAUGGAUGAGUCACACCUCGAGGAGGAUAAUGCAAGUGUCCCGGACAGAGUGGAGGACGUGCCUCCCCGCCCCGAAGGGGAGAUGGGCGCGGACGAGGAUGAAGAGUCCGCAACCUGGGGUACAAACUGGACUACCAGAAAAGGCGCUGCGCUGGCACUUGACUAUAUCGCACAGGUCUUCGGGCAGGACCAGGAAAUUUUGCAGUUCAUGCUUGACCUCAUCGAAAAGCGCCUCGCGAACGAAACGGACUGGGAAGUACGUGAGUCAGCCGUAUUAGUUCUUGGCGCAAUUGCACGAGGAUCGGCGUAUGCGAUGGCGCCAUUGCUGCCUAAGGUAGUGCAGUAUCUGAUUGACCUGACGCAACACCCGAAACCACUGAUGAGGAGCAUUGCCUGCUGGACGCUCUCCAGGUUCGCCGACUGGCUUUGCCAGCCAGAGGCUGACGACUCGGAACAGCCCUGGCUUCAGCCCGUGAUGAACGCGAUUUUAAGUCGUGUGCUAGAUCGCAACAAACGAGUGCAAGAGGCUGCGUGCUCGGCACUAGCUUCCUUCAUCGAAGGCGGCGGCUGCCAGUUGGUACCCUACAUUCAGCCGAUUGUGCAGACGGUGGUCAAGGCAUUCGACUGCUACCAGGCGCGCAACCUGAUGAUGCUAUACGAUGCUGUUAGUACAUUAGCACAGGUGUUCGGUGAAGCGCUUCCGCAGUCGCCUUGCGGCACGUAUUUGUUGCAGCCGAUCAUUCAGCGGAUGGGUACCACGGAGACGCAUAGUCCGCAGUUCCUGGCUUUGAUGGAUUGUGUGAACUCGUUGGUGCAGUGCUGGGAGUUGAUGUAUGCGCCUCACGCCGAGGUUACUGUCAGACGCGCCAUGACAGCGGUGUUCGAGAUUCUCAAUGACGGGAAAAACUUCGAACUGUCAGACGGAGCGACAGAGGUACCACGUUGGGAUGUCAUCGGUUGCUCCGCCGAGGUUAUAUCCACCGUUGUCGCAGCUCUGCAGGAGCAGGCUGCCACCCUAAUGCAGCAAUCCUUCGUCACACUGGAACCGUCGGUUGCCAAAACUUUUGGAUUAGACCGUCAGCAAGUGGGAAUCGUGGAUAUGAUUACGCUAUGCUGUCAGUGCCAAGCUCCGAGUGUGCUGCAAAGCAUCUUCGCGUUGGUGGGAGACCUCGCGUGGCAUUGCAGCGCGCUGGUGGCCACUGACGCUAUUAUCGCAUAUCUAAGCGUCCACAUGCUGAGCCCGUCACGACUUGUGUGCAACAACGUAUGUUGGGCGCUGGGUGUCCUGACGGAAACGCCGUUGGGCAAGCAGCGCCUAGAGCCACAUUUCCAUGAGACAUUCAUGAAGAUGGCGGAACUGGUUAACCGAGAAAACGAGCAUAUUCUCAUGCAGAAUUUAUGUGUAGCUAUGGGUAAGUUCGCCAAUACGUUCCCGCAGCUCACUGCGCCGUUAAUACCGCACUUCAUUAAGCCGUGGUUGGAUUUUGUCUCGCAAACCAGAAACGACCGCGAAAAGGCGGUCGCUCUAUCGGGCGUCGUGAAUGCGUCAUGCCUCAGCACAGAUGCGUCGGCGGGCGAUGUGCAGCUGGCUCUCGCCAGGGUGACUAUGGACUUCCCGCCAUGCUGCCCUGAGCUUGAAGCGUCACUGCGGGCUUUGGCUCACAGGCUCUCCCAGAAUCCAGAGAAGUGGCAGGUACUGGGCGAAGCCGGGCAGCAACGCCUGCUUGAGCGCGCAUCAGCUGGUCAAUAG